AUGGACAUUAGGUCAAUCAGUCUCCCAUCAAGGCUGCAUCCAACAGAAUUCGAAGCUCAACUAGAGAAGCUCAAAUCCACCUCUUCUCUCACCUCAAACACCAUCAUCUCCAGUCUAGUAACGCUGGCCGAGCUCUACAACAACUCCAUCCACAACCUCACACAGAGAUCGAUCGACCACGCCCUCGAGGAAUCGCUGGAGCUCCUCGACUGCUGUAGCAGCAUCCGAGAAGUAACGCAGAUGGCGAAGGAGAGCGCCCGAGCCCUCCAGUCCGCGCUGCGACGCAACGCAGCCCUCCAAAACGACGUCGCUUCUUACGCGGAAUCACGGAAGCGGGUGAACAAGUGCGUCAAGAAAUGCCUCAAGGCGCUCAAGAAAUUGGAGGCGUCGGAUCAUGUUUUGAGGGGCGUCACCGUGGGGGUGUUUAGGAGCGCGUUGCUCUUCUUCUCAUCGUCGUCGUCGUUUUCGGUUAGGUCUCGGGUGGCGAGGGUGGUGGGUAACAAAUGUGAACAUCAUGACAAAGGUGUUGUGAAUGAGGUUGGAUGUGUGGAUUUGGCUUUGAGGGAUGGUGGAUUUGGUAAGGAGAGGGUGUUGAUGAGUUUGCAAAAUCUUGAUCGUUGUGUUGAUGGGAUUGAAGAGGGUUUAGAGAGGGUGUUUAGGGAAUUGGUGAGAUGUAGGGUUAAUCUUCUUAACAUUGUCACUAAUCAUUAG